UCUUCAAAAACUAAACCCCAAGCUUUUUACAUCCCUGCUAAAAAAAUCAGUAGCUGCUGCCGCCAUGGUUCCCAAUUUUCUUCUCUCUCAGAUUUCUGUUCUUUACUGAUUGAUUAAGCAAACCAGUAACUAUACGCUUGGAGAACCGCGUUUUGCAGAUUAAGGUGCCGUUUGGUAAUGCGGCUGCACCCGAGGUUAAAGGAAGCCGCAGAUAUGUAGUGUUUGGUUAUGCGAAAACCGUGUUUUAUUUUGGUGGGACCCAUCCAUAUUCGUGGCUGCACCUGUGGUUGAAGAAAAGUCGGGUCUGAGUGCUUUGCAACAGCAGCAACCUCAAUUUUCAGAUCCACCGACACUGCUGAGAGAAAAAAAGUCGUUGGAGAAUAAAAAAUCACAGCAUAUACAUUACAAUCGUUUCUUCCUUGUAGCUCCCUCCUCUCUCUCACAAAAAAAUUUGAAGUUUGACUUGUUCCUGCGACUGGUCUCUCGCCACUGUCAAAAAUAGUUGCAGAUUCUUUUUUCGACCCGAGAUGCCUUUCCAAGCUCUUGAUCUGUAGAUCUGCUUAAUAAAAAGGAAUGGAAGGGCCUGAAAAUUUGGAUAAAGCUGCUUGGACUAAAGAAAUGUUGCAUGUCUUUUGCGACCUUUGCAUCAAGGCCAUCGACAUGGGAAUGAAACCGAAUACGCAUUUCGACAAAGCUGGUUGGAAAUAUUUGUUGACAGCUUUCAAAGAACAAACAGGUCAUGCAUUCACCAAGACACAACUGAAAAACAAAUGGGAUGGUUGCAAAAAGGAUUGGAGGAUAUGGACGAAGCUCAUUUCCGAAACUGGUGUGGGAUGGAGUAAUGAAUUAGGAACAAUUUCUGCAAGUGAUGAGUGGUGGAAAGCAAAAAUUCAGGAAAUAAGUGGAGCAAAAAAGUUUAGGCAAUCUGGUAUCAAACCGUCUUUACGUAUGAAGUUCGACAGGAUGUUCUCGAAUAUUGUUGCAACCGGAAAGCAUGCAUGGGCACCAUCGUCCGGAGUCCUCCAUGAUGAUAUUGUUGGUGUUGCUGAGGAUCCAAAUGCCAAUGAGGAACAACCUGACUUGGAAGAAGGAAGCAGUGAUUCAGAAGAGGAUGGAAUACCAAAUUUCGUUGAUGAUGUUUGCAACAUGGUUAGAGGGGUUAAUAUGUGCAGCGGUAGCAACACACGCAGCAGCGGGAAGAGAAAAGAAAGAGAAAGUGUUGAAAUUGGGAUGCAACUACUAUCACGGUUGGAUCAAAUGAUUGACAGCAUGUUUAACAACAGUGAUUCAACAUCUAUCAAUAGAGAUAAGAAAGGAUGUAGUAUUCAUGAGGUUAUGACCGAGCUUCACUCAAUUGAAGGAGUUCAUAUCGGUGAUGACUUUCAUGGGUUUGCUUCUGAGUUUUUAGGUUUAAGAAGGAAUAGAGAAAUGUGGUCAGCUAUGGGUACUCUUGAAAACAAGAUGAAAUGGUUGCAGAGAAUGUAUAAACGACGUAAAACACUUUAGACUGAGAGGUAUCUGAAGAUGAUAUGGAGUAAUCAUUUGCAAUUAUGAUGGUUCGGUACCCUAUUUGUAAUUUUAACAAUUCACAUUAUAAGUUAGGUUAUGGAGCAUUAAUAUUUAUUAUAUUCAUGCUAUGGAUUAUAUGUUAACGUAGUUAAAAAUUGUCGUGCUAUUCGAUAAUUGCUAAGUAUUAUGAAUUGCGAUCCGGAAAAAUACUAUGUAAUAUUAAUGUCA